CCUGUCAUGGCUUCUUCUAGCUUUGUUGUUACCAUGUUACUAUCAUUCUUCUUACUAACAUCACCGGAAAAUGCCGCCGCCGCCGCCGCUCCGUACACAUCCCUCUUUAGCUUCGGGGAUUCGUUAGCCGACACCGGCAACCUCCUUCAUAUCUUACCGGAAACAAACCCGCCUCCCCACUUUGCCCUCCCACCUUACGGAGAAACCUUCUUCCAUACCCCCACCGGCCGAUUUUCCGAUGGCCGUCUCGUCAUCGACUUCAUCGCCGAAAGUUUGGGGCUUCCGUUUCUUCCGCCGUACAUCGGGGAGGAGAAAAAUGAAAGUGGCCGCCGGAAUUUUAGUCAAGGUGUGAAUUUCGCCGUCGCCGGUGCUACGGCUUUGGACGAUGCAUUUUUUGAGGAAAUUGGAAUCGAUCAUUUCACCCCUAAUGUCUCCUUGUACUGCCAAUUGAAUUGGUUCAAGGAAAUGUUACCAACCAUUUGCCACUCCUCAUCAGAAUGCAAGGAAUUUCUUAAAAGCUCAUUAGUAGUAGUGGGUGAAAUUGGAGGAGAUGAUUACAACUACGCAUUCCAAGUAGAAAUAUCAACUGAUGUUAUUAACUCAUACGUUCCAAAAGUCAUCUCUAAAAUUGGCUCAAUUGUCGAUGAACUGAUUGGCCUAGGAGCCGUUACAGUACUUGUGGCAGGAGAGAUACCAAAGGGAUGCUCAGCAGCUUAUCUAGCAAAAUUCAUGAGCUCCAACCAGAAUGACUACGAUUUUGAAACUGGAUGUCUGAAUUGGCUAAACAACUUUGCAAAAUACCACAACAGCCUUUUGAUUAACGAACUUAAUCGCCUCCAGGAACUUCACCCCCACGCUACAAUCAUCUAUGCUGAUUAUUACAACGCGGCAAUGCAAUUUUACCUCACCCCAGACAAAUUAGGAUUCAAAGAAGGGGCACUUGUAGCAUGCUGUGGAGCAGGAGGACCAUACAAUUUCAAUGAAUCUUUUAAAUGCGGGUACCCUCCAACAAAAUCGUGUGCUAACCCAAAUUUGCAUGCUAAUUGGGAUGGCGGCCAUUUAACAGAAGCUGCCUAUAAAUGGUUAGCCCAUAGUAUACUCACCGGAGCCUAUACCGACAAAAACCUUAAUACAAUUUCUACUUCCUUCAAAGCCACUUCUUAAAUUUAAUUUCUGCAUUUUAAUUUGUUAUGUAAUAAAUUUAUGUAUGCUUAGUCUUACAAGAUACAGGCACCGCCUAUUAUGUAAGCACCUAUUAUGUAUGGUGUUAGGUGUAUGUUAUUUGUAAUAUAAUAUAUGUCACGACUCACAACACUUGAAUUGGGGGAAAUAGUACCACCUACCAUUCAGUAGAUGAGCUUUGAUAAAUUAGAUUUAAAGCUCGAAUCUCACUGAAAAUAUAUAAUUCUGUACGAGUUGUUGUAUUUAAGAUAUUUAAUUUUAAUUUUAUUUGGCAUGAA